UGAUCUGAAUCUUGGCCCGGCUUAAGUAACGAGUUGAUUUUUUAACCUCUCCCAAUGAUCAGCUCUAGUACACCGGCGAUUAACUAUUGGCGUCGCCGGAAAACGGAAGUUAAACCAGAAAAUAAUGAAGAAGAAGACGAUAUUAUCACUGAACCGCAACUUCCGGUACUUGUUUUCUCCGGAAGCUCCACCACCAAUUGGCUUGCAUCACAGGAUUUACCAUGGAGACCCUGGAGCUUCAUAUGGCCUGCAGUCAGCUUUGGCUGCUAGAGGUGUAAUUGUGGAAGACAAGUUUUUUCUGAACUUGAAUACAUCUGAACUAACGCAGAAAGGUGCAACCGUUACAGAGUCUCUAUCAGGGCUCCCGAUUCAUGUCAGGGGAACUGUGACUGGAGAAUGUUCAGAAAUUUCAAAGGCACAGUUCAGUAAAUUGCUGAAACAGGUCACUAGUCAUUUGUCAUCAAUCUCAAACAUUUUUAUUCAUGAUGGAGCUGUUGGAUCAUCAUCAAGGUGUUCUGCAAAAGUCCGUGUGAUAAGUGAUAGUCCAUCAGCUAUACUCUCCCUUUCGAAUAUUCUUUGGAAUGCCACAACUCGUGCAGUUUCACAUGAUACCUGUCCUGUAACAACUUAUGUUGCUUCCUCUAUAAGUACUGAAGCAAUAGAGAGCGCAACUGGGCUUCAUUCUAAAGGAAGUGUGGGGUUUCUAGCUGCUGAUACUGAGCGUUCUUCUCUUAUUUUAUGUGGUAAAGCAUUUGCUGAUGCAAAUGGAGUCAAACAAAGUUUGGCAGCUUUAUCAGAACCUAUAUUAGCAGCUCGAGGAGGCAUCCCACUGGCAGCUCGGAUUCUGGAGCUGGGAGAAUUAGUAGUACUCUUGUUUGCACCAGAAGACAUUAUUCAGAGCUCUUCAAAUCUGUUAGUGUCUGCAGAUCCAGGUGUUAUUCUUGCUCCUCAAGGUGUUGCACCCUUUUUUCGAGCCAAAAAUUCCAACACUGACUCACCAAGCUUGUACAAAUUGCCUGCUGCUAUUAUCCUUGCAUGUUCUGAUAGCUCCAGAGUCCUUCCUGCUAUUUCAAAGCUUUCUCCAGGUCAAGCUGCUUUUCACUUCCUAGCUGGAUAUCAGAAUGGCAAGUACAUUCCUGCAUUUAAUUCAGGCCCGUCAUGUAUUGAUCCCUUGGAGCUAUCAAAGGCUCUUUUUGCCAAGAUGAAGGAAAUUACGAUAACUCCUUUAUUGAUAAAUACCAAUGAUGGAGAAAAGUGUAUAGCUGGGGAAGAUCUUGUGGAACUUGUUCGGUCAAAUCUUUCGAAGGACAUAUCAUUCUUCCAACCUAAAGGUAAAAACCUGAAACAAGGCUUCAAGAAGUAUCUGUUGGGAAAAUAUCAAGAACUACCCGAGGAAUUCUCAUUUUGACAUCCUUGUGAAUUCCGGAAUCUCCUAUAUGUACAUAAGAGGGUAGUGACACGAUCACAAUCUCAUUCAGAGCAAAGAUCAAUGCUGAGGUAGCGAAAAACAAGAAAUCAGGCUUAUAAUUUGAGCUACUGGAUACACAACUGGAUGCUUUGCUAGGCGUCACUUGUUUCUCAAAUGAGUGAGGCCAGCACAUCAAAUUAUGUGGAAUCACUCAAUCACAGUCCACAUACAAUGGCAUUGUUUUGAAGUCUGUGGCAUAUAUAGCAGUAAAGGUUUUAACUGACCAGAUAGGAGUAUCUCGAGUCCACACAUACCGUGCUGGAUUUAUUCAUCUGGCUCUCAUGAGAUCAAAGUUAGCUUCUGAGCUUGCUUAAGUUGGUAUGAUCCUAUUACAACGACAGGUUUGAGUUUUGCGAUCCAACACCCCUAUUGAUGCUUGUAAAAUAAGGUGAACUACACAUUGGCCAUGUUUGGUAAUUGGCUUUUUAAUGACUUUUUGGUUAGCUUUUGGCUUUUGGCUUUUUUAGGUGGUCAAACAACCAACAAAUGUGUUUGGUAAUUGACUUUUUAGUCAACGAAAAAGCUGGCUUUUAAGCCAAAAUGAAAAAGCUGCUUUGAGUAGCUUUUUUGUUGGCUUUUGGCUUGUUGGCCCACAAAUUAUCUAAUAAACAGCCAAAAACCAACAAUUAAUUUACCAAACACUUUUAUAAACAGCCAGCUUAAACAGCCAAUUUCAAAAGCCACUAUAAACAGCCAAACAUUUGGUCAAACAAGCCAAGUGAACCAUCCAACAGCCAACCGUCAACAGCCAUUUGCCAAACAAGCCAAGUGAACCAUCCAACAUCCAACCGCCAACAGCCAUUUGUCAAACAAGGCCAUUACCUUAAAGUGUUAAACGAAUUAUGUACUACUUACACAUAACAAUUUCGAGUAUUUUUUUUUUUCUAAUACUCCGUAUUAUUCGAUUUAGGUGAGCCUGAUAAAUUUAUGCAGAAAUUCAGGUUAAUUAUUGAUGAAAGGUCAUAAAUAAUCUUGUACACUUUACCUCAAAAACAUCAGAACUUUUGCUGUAUUCCUGUCCUCGCUAUUUCAAUUAAUUCAAUGUACUGUAGUUUAGUUGUCAAUUUUACUAGAAGUGGUAUAAAUUUGGACAUAAAAUUAGGUCUAUUUUCUUGCAAUAAUAAAUUAUAUGGACUACUUAUUUUAUGAUUA